AGGAAAAUUUUACCUAAAGCACGUUUUUCGUUUAUUCACCUAAACGGUUGAAACUAAAUCGUGUUUAAGCAAAUUUACUUAAUUUUUUAGUUUUUUUCACAGCUUUCAAAAUGCUGUUUAAAUUAACUAGACUGAGCUCUAUUUUCCUCAAAUCUUGUCCUAAAAACUACAAUCUCACAACCAAAGUUUUACUCACCCAAUGUAAAUCACUUUCAUCCACGUUUUCUUCACCAAAUAAUUUAACUUCCACACUUAAUUUUAAUAGAUUUUACUCUUCCACUGGAGGUAUUGCCAAAGAAAUGGAAGCUUUUCUCACUGAGGAAAUCAAAGCUGAAAAGGCCAAUAGUAAACCAGUUUCUAGCGUUCCUGGUUUUGAGGUGAAGGCUGAUGGAGCCAUGGUUGAGCUAACUAGAAAAUUUAAAGAUGAAAGUAUUCGUAUCAGAUUGAAUGUCAAUGGGUCGACUACGGAUGAUGAAAUGCCUGAGGCUCCUGAUGCUGAAAGCAUGGCUGGUGGACCUAUACUCUCUAAACCAACCUUUUCUAUUGAGAUUAUUAAGCCAUCAGGAAAAACUCUUUGUUUGUCCUGUAACUUUGCCAAUGACAUGCCUUUCGAAGGGGAAGAUCAGAGCGUCCAAGGUCAGGAACAACCUUCUGAAGACAUUUUUGAAAUUGACGGUAUCACUGUUCUGGAUAAACCUGAAAACGAAAUUGAUGAGACAGUCUAUAUGGGAGACGCCUCUCUUAUCGAUGGACAAUUGUAUGAUAUUCUUAUGGAUUAUUUAGACGAGCGAGGUAUUGGUAAAGAGUUUGCCUCUCAUCUCAUUGAUUAUUGUACUGCUUAUGAACAUGAGAGGUACAUCAAACUAUUAGAAGAUCUGAAAAAUUUUGUCAAAUAAUCGCUUUUUCGCUAAACUUUCCCAUUCUAGUGUUUUAUACAAAAGUAAAUAGUUAUUAGAUGUUUAACUAAUCUGUGUUCAUUUAUAUAUAAAUUAAAAUAGUCAAUUUACAA